AUGGCAGCGAAAUCCGAUGGUCGCGGGGUCGUCACCGGUUUCGCCCAGCUGCACAACCUGGAUGAGGUGGUGGGGACGGGAGAGGACGACAAUCGGAACAGCAGCUCAUUCCACAUCUGCCACUGCUGCAACACCUCGUCGUGCUACUGGGGCUGCCGGAGCGCCUGCCUGCAUUACCUCCGGGGGAAGGGGAAGGGGAAAGAUGCGGCGCGACCACCGCAGGAGGAGCGCCUCUGGCUGGACUGCCUGUGGAUCAUCCUGGCAAUGCUGGUCUUUUUCUGGGACGUCGGGACCGAUUUGUGGCUGGCCAUCGACUAUUACCACAAGCAGGACUUUCUGUGGUCAGGCCUGACCCUGUUCUUCGUGCUGGUUCCCUCGGUUCUGGUCCAGAUUCUGAGCUUCAGGUGGUUUGUGCAGGAUUACACUGGGGGCGGACUGGGCUCCGUGGAGGGUCUGAGUAGUCGUAGAGCAGCCAGUCUGCAAAGAGACAGGUGCUGCCGCCUCUCUGUCUGGGUCUGGCAGACCGUCAUACACAUCUUUCAGUUGGGACAAGUGUGGAGGUACAUCCGCACCAUGUACCUCGGUAUACAAAGUCACCGUCAGAAAGAGAACCAGCGGCGUUUUUACUGGGCUAUGAUGUAUGAGUAUGCCGAUGUCAACAUGCUGCGACUGCUAGAGACCUUCUUAGAAAGCGCCCCUCAGCUGGUGCUGCAGCUCUGCAUCAUGAUCCAGAGCAACAAGGCUGAGUGGCUGCAGUGUGUUUCUGCCAUGUCCUCCCUCUUGUCCCUGGCCUGGGUGCUAGCGUCUUACCACAAACUCCUGCGUGAUUCACGUGACGACAAGAAGAGUAUGAGUUAUCGAGGUGCCCUGGUGCAUCUGUUCUGGCGCCUUUUUACCAUCUCCUCACGGGUGCUCUCCCUUGCUCUAUUUGCCUCGGUUUUCCACAUCUACUUUGGCAUUUUUGUGGUGCUCCAUUGGUGUGCCAUGGCUUUCUGGGUCAUCCAUGGCGGCACCGACUUCUGCAUGUCCAAGUGGGAGGAGGUACUGUUCAACAUGGUGGUGGGCGUGGUGUAUGUCUUCUGUUGGUUCAAUGUACGUGCGGGCCGGGCGCGGUACAGAAUGGUGGCCUAUUACACAGUAGUACUGUUCGAGAAUGCCAUCCUCAGCCUCCUUUGGUAUGCGUACCGUGACCCAGUCACCACUGACGCCUAUGCCUCUUUUGCCCUCUGUGGCGUCUUCCUGUGCUUUGCCUCAGGUGUGGCCUGUAUGGUUCUCUAUUACGGGGUUCUACACCCCAUGGGCCCCCGGCUGAGGGUGCUGGCCAGCUCCUGCUGUGCUGAGCUUCUGUGGGGCCUUCCAUUACCCCCCGAGGCCGAGCCCAUGGCUCCUACACCAGGCCCCCGUGGCUCUCAGGCCACCCCCACACGGGGUCUGGCAGGGGAACAUGAAGAGUCAGAUGAAACAGCCACAGACACCUGCCUUCCGGUUUUCCAGGUGAGGUCCACAGAGCCUGUGGAUGCAGCUGGCAGGCCAAUCCGGCCUGAGGGUCCUUUCAUCAAGAUAGACAUGCCCAGAAAACGCUACCCAGCCUGGGAUGCACACUUUGUGGAUCGGCGCCUGCGUAGGACCAUAAAUGUGCUGCAGUACAUUAGCCCGAACGCGGUGGGCAUCAGGUAUAGGGACGGUCCGCUUCUUUAUGAACUCCUGCAGUACGAAUCCUCCCUCUGAAGGCAUCUUCUCCCUCAACUCUGUCACCUCCUCUCACACAAUAUGAUGCACAUGCCUUUCCUUUCUUUCACACUGCUCUUCCUCCUCUCCAGAUAUUAUCUCAGCUCUCUCCUUCUCUCCUCUCUGAUCAUUCAAUUUCCCUGCAGGAGAUGUGUGUUAGUCAAAGGAAAGUCUGUCACGACAGUCUAAACACGCAGUCAUGAUUUAUUUUUUGGAAAAAGCAUACAGUAAAGAGAGAGAAAAUUUUGAACCUACAGUAUCUGAUGUGAUAUACAGUAUACAGAAGUACAUAUAAAUCCCUCUACAUUGAUAGAGGAGGGUUCUGUAUGAGUGUGUAGAUAAUAUAUGAAUGUUUCAUUAUGAAAUGUGUUUAAUGCAUUAUAUUGUAUUGGUGAUUCAACCUGUGAAUACUUGUGAAGGGCAUAUUGUAUGUCCCUGUGACAUGGGACCGACGCAAAGCCUGAUGGGAAUGAUGGAGGAGAGUCCCAGAGGGGGCAGGUCUUUGCACAUCCCAACAUUUACUGCCAUUGUAUAUGUCAAUUAUUGAAAUGUAUGAUAAUGUUUACCAAGUCCUUAGCCCAUGAAUUAAAAAGCACUGAAAUGUCUAUCAUGAUACUGUAAAUUGCAGAAAGGACACAAUCAAAGAUGUGUCUUAGAGAAGCAUUUCAAAAAUGGAUUUUCCCUCUGUGAGCUUACGUGGCUCAAGUGUAUCCUGGCUGUACUAUUUUUGUUCAAAAUCCUUAAUUGUAAUCGCAUUAUGUAUGGAAGAAAAAAGAAGCACAUUGACCUUCAAUCAGCUCCACCCACACAUUUAAUAUCUACAGUGCAUACUGCCCUCCAGUGGAGGCAAGCUGUAAGAGCACACCGUACUUGGCCAUUUUUGCCAGUAGUACCUGAGUUAAAAAAAAAAAAACACAAUGAAACGAAUGUAGAAUAUACUUGACAUGAGCACAACAUUUUCUAAAUUGGUGGGUAGAAAAUUAUAAUAAAAAAACAUUCCAAAGCCUUUUUCUAAAAGAUUGUAAGGGUAGAAGGGUAAAAAUGUGUGUUAACACAUUUUAGUUUGAAGUGCAAAGACAGCCUUCAAGGAAUCCUCCACCAUUCCCUUCGGAAUCCUAGAAAGUACUCCCUAAUACAACCUCCCUGUUUUGUUUUCCUAUCAACAAAUGUUUUAGGUUGAUUAAUAUAUACUUAUUGGGUGCAAAGCCUUGUAAUAAGUUCUUGAAAAAAAAGACAAUUCUGAGAAGAUAUUUCUAUGCUAUUAUAAUUAUGCGUAUUUGUGUCCACAUUUAUAGUCAUUGACAUAACUAUAUUUUGCCAGACCACACACUUUUUUACAUAACUAAAAAUGUGUGCAGUGCAGUGUUAAAAGUUAUUCUCCUCAACAUCAGUGUGCCCUCAUAGAGGUUAUACUCUUAUAUGGGUGUACAGGGCAACUGUUCUGGCACCAGCUAACACAGUUGAAACAAAGCCAAAUCACAUCUAACAGUACUGUCUUUCCAAGUUAUUUGCCCCCUUGAACCAGUAGAAUGAGUCCUUGCAAAAUGUGUGCCAUCUAUAGGCCAGAUAAACAUCUCCCAGAUUUACGUGCGGGAACUCUCCACUACAGAUACCCACGGGACGACCACUGUAUUCACUCAUGACAAAAAUGAAAUCAAAUUUCAAAAACAUGCCCUCUAGGUCACUUGACUUAAAUUUCCAGAGAGGGCUACGGAACAAUUCAUGAGAAAAAUGAAUGCAUUUCAUACUCCAAUUUUAUCUACUACUCAAUGAUUCAUCCAAAUAUAUAAUGUGUGUUUUUUACAUUGCAGUGUUUGGCAUGACUUUAGUAUGAGGCAUUAGUACAAAUGCGCCCAACAAGGGGUGCCCAAGAGCCCUACACAAAACAGAGAUUUCUUUCUCCUGGCUCACUGGCUUUCUGCUUAGCUGUUGCCACAUGCGCCUGCUAACAUCGUACUGUAAAAGGCAGAUGCCAUGUAAGUCCAGGUCAAAGGUGAGAGGGGGUUUUUGCCAGGGGUGGAAAAGAACAGGAGGACAGAUUGUGAUAAAGGGCUUAACUGGAGCAUAUGUGUAUGAUUCAUUAUAUGCUUGUGUGAGAAGAGUGUUUACUUCUUAACGCAUACUGUUCAACCUACAGUAUGUAUUAGGGGAUGCAAUUGUGCUUGUGUGGUGGUGGUGUGUUUGCAUACUUGUCUUGUUUGUCUCCUCAGCCCUUUCCCACAGUUCUGUUCUCUCGCCGAUUGUUCGGCUCCAUCCUCGGUUGCUGCUCCGCCCUCUUCCCCAUCUCUUCGGUGCUGGGCCUUGGUGCACUCCUGUGAAACACUCUCACACUCUCUGGUAACUGAACAAUGGGGUUUGAGGCUGAACAACUGGAGAUCCUGACAUGAGAACAUGCAAUGAGGUACACUGCCAUAACCAAGAGCUUCAACAUCCAGGGUCUUCCACCCUUCAGCUUAAAAGCGAUGUUCAGCCCUGAGUAAUUGAGAACUGUUGGGUCAGCUAGGGUGGAGCAAACAUCCAUCACACCAUAUGUAUAGAUAUACAUGAGUAUGCAAACAACAAUUGUUUACCAUAGUAGCCAGAGUAGUUCCUCUCUGUUGUAGUGAAUGAACAGCCAUGUUAAUAGUUAGUCAAUUAAUGAAUAAUAAGUAUUGUCAAACUAAAAAAAACAACUAAGCAAAACAGCCAAUAUAGGGGUUCCUCAGGACCAACAAACAAGACCACUGAACCAGCUGACUCAGGGGUGUCUCAAUGCAGUUCUCAUCCCCAGGCAUGUCCUCAAGGGUCUCCAUUUUUUCCUUAACAUAUUGCAUCCUGGACCACUCCUUGGCUGGGAUUGUAUCACUAAAUUAUGAUUUGCACAUGUUUGUUUUCUUGGGAAUGAUUAUUAUACGUUUUUUGUGGUAGUUGGCUGCCUGGCAUACGGUGCAUCCUUUCUAAACACUGCUGACCUUUUUGAGACGUGGACACAUGUCCAAAUCAGGUGCAAAUACACUGUGAUUAAUUCAUUUGUGUGUGUGUGUGUGUGUGUGUGUGUGUGUGUGUGUGUGUGUGUGUGUGUGUGUGUGUGUGUGUGUGUGUGUGUGUGUGUGUGUGUGUGUGUGUAGGUAAUGCCAGCUGCAAUGAGUGUGUGUUUGACAACGGUAUUAUAUAGCAUCAUAAACAAGAUUAUGUACAACUGGGCUGCAUUUCGUCUAGUAGUAAAACACAGAGUAUUUAUGCUUGCUUAACUGUGUCAUUAGAAUAGUAGUAAUGGCGGUUAGUUACACUCAUUAAUUUUAAUUUUACAGUGCAAAGAGUCUACAAGUCAGAAUUUUUUAUGAAACAUGCAGUAUAUUUUACAUAUUUCUACAGAACAAUUAUAGUUUUACCACAUUCUAUAUCUAGUAAAAAGGAUUGGUUAAUAAGUGGGUUUUGAUUUAGUAUUUUUCCUUAAAAUUAUACACGGGUUUCAAGAGCUAAGCUACACAAGUGUGCAAGUAAAAGUUACUAUACAGUGUAGUAGUUAAGCUGCUACACUUUAUACCAUAAUCAAGGGCACAAAGAAAUCCCCUGCAGAGAAAUGUUUUUGUCAGGUUACCUGCCCACUUCCACAUCCCUCGACAGCCACAACACACAGCAAGAGCAUUUGAACAGCAAGCUUGUUCUUCUCAGUCCUUGUUGUGCCUUGUCACUUUGGGUGCUUUAAUCCAGCCAUGGCAGCCAGGUCCGCAAACAACAAUGCCAAUGUCUUUCUUUACUUGUUUCAUGUGCCAGCACAUUCACCAAGACGAUGACAACACCAAACGAUAUUCUUCUUGUCGGUCUCCUCAAACCAGAUCAAGCCAAGUUCUCAAUACUGUCAGCUCACACUUUAGUCGACAACACCAUUUAGUUUACCGUUUCAUCCAAGUUGUCAUCAAUAGGACUGCACUGUUUCCUAGUUACAGUGUUACAACUAAACUUCACAGUGUGACAGAACCAAGUGGUGGGUACAGUGUGAAACCCAGUUAUUGGCUCUGUCAAAGACAUAGGAAAAAAGUAAGGCAAUACUGAACAUCUUCUGUACUUGAACGUAGGGUUCCUCAUAUUUAUUACAUUUGAGCAAGCUGAAACACAACAGCCCCAGUUGAUUCAGCAAGUUACAAAUUAGCAGUUUGGACUGAGCUCAAAAGCAUUAGUUUUGGACUGUUUGAUGGAUAGUCUUAACAAAUGCCAGCCACGAUACCAAGCGAUUUGGUCAAUGAUUGUUUUGUACUUUUGUCUAUGCCUUUACAUCUUCUUCUGUCUUGCAAUGAUGAAUGAUUUGUAGUGCCAAGACGUAAACUUUGUGUCUUUUGUCUCGUGAAGAAAAAAAAACAUUCUCUCGCCAAAAUAAUAACGCCUGCAGUUGGAAUAAAACAUGGAGGAAGUCAAUGAUGACAAAAUGCGCAAAAAAAAUCACUUAUGUUGCAUUUUCUUACAAUGGAAUGAUGAAACAGGCCCGAUCACUGAUUCACUUUUAAAUAACCUCAUUUCCUGGUUUUCCAACCACCUCCCAGCAUGCCUUUAAAAGUCAUUGUGAGGUGACCCUCGACAUUUAGCAUGUAAGUGCUCUCGACUGCACAACAAACCCUCUGAUUUCUGCAUUAAUGUGUAGCAGCAGGUCAUUGUAGUGUUUGACUUGGUUUAAGUCUGUACCUUUGUGUCAUGACCAUCUGUUUGACCACUGGAGCAGUAUGUUCAGAUAAUAAAACGGUGCAUUUUCUUCUUUUACUUUUGAUCCUUCUUUGAUUUCUGUUAAUAACCUGGUGCUGAAUUUAAAAGGUGCUACCACUGUGGACUGCAGUCCACUUUUUAGCUUUCUGAUAGCAGCCUUCCGGUUGACUGAGAGGGCCUGCGCCCCGCAAACUUGCAGUCUCAAAAUGCUCUAGAGCUAGCACCUCAAAUCCACACAGUUUACAGCAGAACUCAACUCUUAAUGGUGCCAUUUUGAUUUUCCAACCUGCACAAAAAACAACAUUUACUCUGUGUAUAUAUACUUUAAAAUACUGGUUUCAGCAUAUAGUAUGUUUUAAUUUUACUAUGAUUCAAUCUGCACUAGGAUUUUUUUCUUUCUUUUCUCUGAGAGACUGAAACUGGCAGAUGAUAAAAUGCAUCUUUUUGGCAAACGCACAGGAGCACAAAUGUACUAUUGCUAAUGGAAUUUGGGUAAAAAAAUUAUAUAGAAUGUGAUUGCUGUGUUGUAAAUUCCUGUCAUCUAUAUGUCCUUAAUCUGUGUGUAUCUAUUUUUGUUGUUAUUGUAGAAUUGGCUGUAAUAUUUUGUUUGAAAAUGGAUUUGAUAUUCCAAUGAAGCGACUAUGGUUGUCAUAUUAAUUGCUGCUGAUUUUUGAAAUUGUUAUCAAAGGUGUUGGGAAAUAUUGCUUUGUUUAUAUUCAAUCAAUUUCUAGAUUGUGUUAGCUUGUUGGUGUAUUUCACAAAUCUAUCAGGAUACUCCCUAGACUAUAUGAUUUAUCCGGGGUAUUCCAAAAGUUGGCAUAAUGUCAGAAAGCAAAUUCGCUACAAUCUGUAGCAUCUUUAUGAAAGUGUACUCAUGCAACCUAUGUUGUAACUGAGAACAUAUAAGGAAAGAUGUCUUUGUUGUUGUUGAAUAUAAAAUGCAAGUAAAUUGUUUCAUGGAAUCCCCGUUCUUUAAAAAAAGCAAAACUGAUGUCCUAUUUUUGGGAACAAUAUGAAUAUUAUUAAUAACAUAUGGUGCUACAGUUCUUUUUGUAUGUUUUGGUUUUUAGAUGAAAAGAGAAAUAUUAUGCUGAAAAUGUAAUGUUAAGCCUUACUGUAGAUUCAUAUAUCAGACUGUUCAUCCCAGAAGAGAAAAUAAAUAUAGUAUUUGAAAGUGCAA